CAAAUUUGUUGAUGAUUUGCAUGUGCUAACCACUGAGGAAUAUGGAAUAUGUUUAAAAUGCCAAAAUGAAUUCCAGCAGAUUGGACACAUGCUCACUAUUCCUCUUUCGCUUUACGAACCUUCAUCGGGGAAAUGUUAUAAGAAUGUAAUGAAUUCCCUGAAUGGCUUCUUUGAAUUGCAAAAUUUAGAUGAUGAAAACAAAUGCUAUUGUGACCAAUGUGGAGAAAAGACAGCAACUCAACAUGGCUACAGAGUGCAUUCUUGGCCAGAAAUACUCUGCCUACAGCUAAAACGCUUUGACUUUGUUGCAAGUUUGAGGAAAACGUUCAUAAACAAUACUUUUAUGGAAUUUACAGAAAGCAUCGGCUUAAACAAUUGUGAAAAAGAACUUCACAACCUCAAGAACAUCCCACAAUACAAACUCAUAUCUGUGAUUGUGCAUAAGGACUUCGUGUCGUUUGGCCAUUAUUAUGUUUAUAUAAAGAACAUUGAAAAAAGAAAAUGGCACUGUUUCGAUGAUGAAUGUGUUACGGAGGCAACAUGGGACGAUGUUAAAAAGACAUUUGGAUCCAGCUCUUCAUCUGAUCAAAGUGAAUUUCAAAUAAACGGAGUAGCUUAUCUUCUUUUUUACAAGAGGAUGGAUCAAUCAUUUCAGUAAUGCAGAACUUGCUGUCUUCCAACCUGGGAUCAACACCCUUCUUCGUUCUUUGAGAUAUUAUCUACACAUAUUCCAAGCCAAAAUCACUUUAUCAUUUUGGCAUAGAUUUUCAAUAAAAUGUACUACCUGCUUGCAGAUAUUAAUAUUUCCUAAUUAAAUUAUGACAUAGCUGAAAAGAAGAAUGAAAAACUUCAUACUAAGUCUGAAUGCUAAAUAAAUUCACAACAUUUUUCAAUUUUGAAACAUUGGUUUAUUAAAAAUAGUCUUGGAUUACCAAGAAGAUGAGAAAUGCUAGUGAAACCAUUAAAAGCAAACUGAUUCUCAAAUCCUUUUCCAAAUAUAUAUUGUGAUUUCAACACACCCUGAAAAAUAUCAAACAAAUAUAAAAUUUGCAAGAUGUUUACUUGCAUUUUAUAAUGAAAUAUUCUGUAUUGAUGAAAGAUUGAGGAAAAGCUUAUUCCUAUCAAAGAUAUUGAAACUACUUUCAGAUAUCCAAAGUUAAAAAUCACACAACACCAGGUUA